AUGUCCAAUCUCUCACCUGCCAUCAAUAAGAACAAAAGACGAUUCAAGCCAACUACUUCAGUGACCAAACGACAAAAGAAAAAGGAUCCGCAGCUCGGCCGUAGCGAUCCAUUCAAUACCCAAGUCACCAAUGCACAGCAGCAACCGGCGGUUGAUACGAGGAAUGAGCCUAGCAACGCUUUGGAAGACAACGAGAGAGGAGAUACAUCAAAGGAGGGAACCACGUCUUACACACCUGUACAAAAACCGCCGCUUGAUCCAGAUGCGGUGUUACGCAUUAUCCGAGCUCAUGUGGAACAACAAUCAUCGAGACGCAGACCACAACGGAAAGGUGUAUGCAAGGAUGUGCUAAAACAUCAAGGAGAAAUCAAGAGAAGAAGGCUGGAACAAGAGGAGCAAGAGAAGGAGGGAAAGGACGGCUUGAAAGAGCAAGCAGCAACACCACAAGUGACCAUGGUCAAUGGAGAGAUUGUUCUGGAUCCAUCAUCGCUUUCAUACUCGGCACCAUCCACCCCUCGCGAGGAAAUUGUCGAAGUUGUGCAUGAAGAGAAAAAUGACAAUUUGGUGGACAAGAAGGUGAAAAGGAAGCGCAAAGGGAUUCCCAAACGUUGGACUCAACAGGAAGAGGAAUUGUUCUAUGAGCUACUCAAGGAACAUGGGUUAGCCUUUCACAAGAUCAGUCAAUGUAUACCCGGACGAGAUGCCAGAAAUAUACAGAGGAAAUAUGACAAAGAAUGCAAACUGAACCCAUUCAAGAUUGCCGAGGCAUUCAAGCGAUAA